AUGAAGGUUUCAGCAUCCAAGGAUCGCAGGCUACUUUCUCAUACGGGGCCAGCUGUCGUCUUUGAAAGCUCAGCCGAUUUAGCACGACGGAUCGAUGACCCAGAACUGCCCAUUACGGCGGACUCUGUUCUUGUUCUUCAAGGAAUAGGCCCCGUUGGCAACCCCGGUAUGCCCGAAGCGGGCCUAAUCCUAACACCACGCAAGCUUGCUUCCGCAGGCGUGAAAGACAUGCUGCGUCUUUCGGACGGUGGAAUGUCUGGGACGGCUGGAGGCACAAUCGUUCUUCACAUUUCUCCCGAAUCCGCACUGCCUGAAUCGCCGUUCGGGGUGGUGCGAACCGGCGACCUCAUCACCUGUGACGGAGAGCGGCGCAUUCUGCGAGUAGAAAUCUUAGACGAGGAAUUGGCGGCGCGUCUUGACGAGCGAAAACGGCAAGUCAUCGAGAGCAAGGACCCUGUCGGACGGCAAGGAAGAAAAAGAGGCUACCUUGGCCUGUACGAGCGCAGCGUCAACCAAGCGCAACACGGGCCAGAUUUUGAUUUUCUUGCGGCCAAUGAGUAG